GCUCGCUUCGCUUUCCAGUGGGGCGGUUGCUGCGAACUCAACCUCCUUAACUCACAGCUGUGCAGAGGGGAUCGGAAAAUGACUGCCCAAACCACCACCGAGCCCCCCAAAUGUUGCUUCUUCAACAUCAAGACAGCAACAGUCGCUCUAGGGAUCUUCCACAUGGUUAUGAGCGUUUUGCUGCUGAUUGAGUACUCCCUGGAGGUGGCGAGCGGGAAAGGCUUUUGCAAAGACCUGGACAAGGAUUACUACAGAAUUGCUGAUGUCAUCACCAGUUUCCUGUUGAUCAUCAUGCUGUUUGUCAUCAGCUUCAACCUCCUUCUUGGUGUGGUGAAGAAGAGAGAACGUCUCCUGAUCCCAUUCCUUGCUCUACAAGUCAUGGACUUUCUCCUCAGCCUCCUAACAAUGUUCAGUUCCUACAUACAAGUUCCAGUGAUCAUUUCUGUAUCCUCCCUUAGCCACAUGCCGGGACACUCGAAGAUCCCUUUCCUGGCUCUGCAGCUGCUGGACUUCUGCCUGAGUAUUCUCACUCUCUGCAGCUCUUACAUGGAAGUCCCCACUUAUCUCAGCCUCAAGUCUUCAGACAAUGGGGGCUUUUUGCCAACCCUGGAGAAGUUACCAACAGAGGAAUAUGCCAAAGUGAUGGUCACUUUCACCAUUGCGUUCAUUGCUGUCCUCUUCCUGAAGGCCUAUAUGUUCAAAUGUGUCCUGAGCUGCUUUAAGUAUAUUAAAGCCAGCAAGAGAAAGGAGGUGAAAGUGGACCCACAAGCAGUUGAAAAGGCUGUGCUGCCAUCAUACGAGGAAGCCUUAGAGUUGCCUUCCAAGGAAUCCCCACCGCCCUAUGUAACAAUCUAAGCUCUGCUCAUGGAGAGAAGACAUCUGUAUUGCUGUUGGUGCCUUUUACCCCUUCUUUCAGAUAGUCUGCCUCAUUGAGAAGUCCUUACUUCGUAACAGUAUCAUGCUUAUUACAAUCCACCUCACUUUAUGAACCUACAAGGAGUGAUGGUGAACCCCUGGAGUUGGUGCCUUGUUCUACUCUGGCAGUUUUGAGAUGGUACCACCAAGCUGCAGUGCUAAUUUUAAUAAACUUGGCACCAGGCA